AUGCACAUUCAUAAGGUUAUUACGGAAAACAGCAUCUAUCCACUUCAAUAUGAACAAAAUGCGAAUGGUGAAGGUGAUACCGAUGAUGAUGACGAUGAGGAGAUGUUACAUGAUGAAGAAUAUAAUAAUUUUUAA